GGCCACUUUUCCAGGCUUAACACUCGGGGCUUCUUGCUGUAGGAUCGCAUUCCCAGGUGUCUCAGAGGGUGCGUUAGGCCAGAAGUGGAAAUUGAGGUCUGGGGGUUAGUCUUGGGAUGGUGGUGGAGGCACGCUGGGGCGGGCUCCGCUGUCAUCGCUCUUGCAAGCUCCGCUUACUGGCCCCGAGUCCGAGCCGAGCCGGCAGCAUCGUGUUCGUGACGUCAUCGCGAGGCGCCGAGCGAGUCUAGAGAGAGCCUUGACCUCUUGGAGUGGGGAGCUGCGCGCCAAUGCUGCAGCUACUCUGGGCCGGGGCGCGGGCCUGGCUUCGGCCCACCGGCUGCCGGGGCCUGAACGCGCUGGCGAAGCCUGAGCCGUUGGCGAGCGCGGGUCCCCAGGCACCGGUGCUGCGGAAAUGCGAGCUCCCGGUACCCGCACAGCGGCGUCCGGUGCAGGCCUGGGUCGAAUCCCUGCGAGGCUAUCAGCAGGAGCGCGUGGGUCUUGCUGAGCUGCACCCUGACGUUUUCUCCACGGCGCCCAGGCUGGAUAUCCUUCACCAGGUUGCUAUCUGGCAGAAGAACUUCAAGAGAAUUAGCUAUGCCAAGACCAAGUCUAGGGCUGAGGUGCGGGGUGGUGGCCGGAAGCCCUGGCCACAGAAAGGCAGUGGACGCGCAAGACAUGGCAGCAUCCGCUCCCCGAUCUGGCGAGGAGGAGGCAUUGCCCAUGGCCCCCGGGGCCCCACGAGCUACUACUACAUGCUGCCCAUGAAAGUGCGGGUGCAGGGCCUCAAGGUGGCGCUGACGGUCAAGCUGGCCCAGGAUAACCUGCACAUCAUGGACUCCCUGGAGCUGCCGACUGAGGACCCCCAGUACCUGACAGAGCUGGCCCGCUACCGCCACUGGGGGGACUCCGUGCUCCUGGUGGACUUAGCACAUGAGGACAUGCCUCAGAACAUCGUGGCAGCCACCUCCGGGCUCAAGACCUUCAACCUGAUCCCAGCUGUUGGCCUGAAUGUGCACAGCAUGCUGAAGCACCAGACGCUGAUCCUCACCCUGCAGGCUGUCGCCUUCCUGGAGAAGAAGCUGCUCUGGCACGACUCACGCUAUACACCCCUCUACCCCUUCCAUCUGCCCUACUGUGACUUCCCCUGAGCCCCCAACCUUCCCCGCCCCAGGCCCAUCAGCUGCCCUCCUUUCUGCACUGCUCUCCAUGCCAGGUGCCUGCUCUGAGCCAGGCCAAGCCCCCGGUGGGUUUGGGGACCUUGCACCCACCCUGCAAGAGGAGCACUGCCCAGACCCCCUCGUAGCAGUAGGAGGCUGAGCCCACGAAGAGUGGCCUGGCAGGCGUCAUGACUGGGAAGGGGCAACUCAGCAGAGACCCUGACCGAGCUCCUGUCCCAAUUCUCUCUUCCCUGUUUAGUCACAGAGGAGAAACAGAAAAGCUCAUUGCCAUGUUGUGAAUAAUUCUAACUGGCAGGUCAGGCUUUCUCCCCAGUGCUGGGCACCACCAGCAUCUCUUCUCAAGGGGCGACCUUAGUGCUGUUUAUAAAAAUGACCCAGCAUCAGCUUCCUUGGGGUUGAGGCAGGCUCCAGGAGCUCGCAGAGGAGCGUGGGCGCAGCACAUCCCUAGGAACCUGCUCCUGGCACCUCCCGGCUCCUGGGCAUGUCAUCAUCUACCUGCAUCCCUGACAGGUUCUGUGGUCCCAUUGGUUACAGUCUUUCAGUCUGAUGUGCAGGCUUGAUUUCACAAGUAGGUGCCAUAUGCAAACCUGAGCUUUCAUCACAACGAUUUCCACUGAGCACAGUCAGAAUCAAUGUGGUCAAUAAAUGAGUGAAUAAACAUUUUUUAAAAUACCAA